GCCCAAGCCCAACCGAACAGCCCCCAGUUCCAGAGCUCCCCCAAUUCCUCUUUGCCGUCCAUUUCCGGCCACCGCACUCGAAGUGGCGGAGUGGCGCGAUGGAGUUGCCGUCGGGCAACCGCCUCAACCCUCCGUCGUCGUCCGUGUCCAGCCGGCGCCGGCGCCAGCGCUUCCUCUCAGAAGGCGGCAGAGUGGACCGGAUCAGCGCUCUCCCCGACGACCUGCUCCUCCAGGUACUCUGCCGUCUCCGCUGCGCUCGCACCGCCGCCCUCACCAGCGCCGUCGCCCGCCCGUGGCGCGGCCUCUGGAGGCACCUUACCGAGCUCUCCUUCCGCGAGAUCGCGCCGGACGCCCUCGAAGCCGCCCUCGGCCUGGUCGCCCGCCCCGCCAUCUCCCUCCUCGAGAUUGACAUACCAGAGGAACACAGGGGCGAGAUUGACCCUGCCCGCGUCUCGGCGCUGCUCCGCACGGCUGCGCGGCUGGCGCCCACGGCUCUGGUCUUCACUGCCUGCGGGAACUGUUCAGUGGCUCCUAUCGAGGUUCCUGUCUUCCACCGAGCCACCUCCAUCAAGCUGGAAGUGCACAACCUGUGUCUAACACCGCCGGCCCAUGGACUUGAGUUCCCGGUGUUGGAGAGGCUGUCCGUCGGUGGCGGCUACGCCUUCGACACGGAUGAGUUUAUCCAGCGCUGCCCUCGCCUGCGCGUGCUGGAGGUGGGCAACCGCUGUCGUCUCCACAAGAUCAAAGUCCACUCGACGACGAUUGAGGAGCUUGUCGUGAGCGACGACUGUUGGGCGAACGGCAUCGACAUCAUGGCGCCUGCGCUUAAGCAGCUGAAGCUAUCGAUCAGGAUGGACUCGCAGUUCAGCGUGUCCUUCUCCGCGCCGAUGGUGGAGAAUCUCUGGUGGGACUUCUCGUGCCCGUCCCAAAAUGUCGGGGACGACGGCUGGCGCAUGCUCCACCUGAGCCUAUGGAAGAAGGAGAGCGUCAACACCCUACGAUUAACCAUAGAUGCUGGUCCGUCCAUGCUUAUGGAUUUGGAGGAUUAUGCUGAGGCUUAUGCACCAUUCGCGGAUAGGAACUUCAGUGAAGAGAUAGCAUCACUUCCCAACUUUUCUGUUCUUCAGCUACAUCUGAUAAGACGGGGGCAUGCUUUUGGGCCAGUGGUGUCGAAUCUACUUGGGAUAUGCACCUUUAUACAGAAGCUUAAGGUGGACAUAAACGAAUUCACGUGCACGGGAGUGUGCCCACCAAAUUGUCCUUGUGAGCAACCCCAAAAUUGGAGAAGUCAAACUAUCUCCCUGGCAGCUCUUGAAGAAGUUGAAAUAGAAGGUUCAGAAGGAACUGGCGGUGAAAUUGCUUUCUUGAAACUUCUGUUCAGAUCCGCGCCUCUGAUGAAAACAAUGACCAUGAAAUUGCACCCUGAGAAUUUACCAACCAGCAGAGGAUGCAAGGAAACCUACAAAAUUUUGAGGGAAAACCCAUCUGUGAAAUGCCGUGUUUAUUGCAGCGGUGGGGAGGAGGUUCUGUACCCAUGAUGGUCCAAUGCUUCUGUGUGUAAUCAGAGAUGGUAUCUUCAAGCUAUGUUGUCGAACUUGAUGCCUGGUGUGUGUUACUUAGCCUAGCCUUCAUGUUUUGCUGAAGAUUUCAGAACAGUUCAAUUAACAUGUUUACUGUUCUGUCCGCUUGAUUGAAAUGUGUUGAUGUGGAUUAACAUGAUUGGUUUUAAAUUUCCCA